AUGAAUGCUUUAUUUCUCCUGCGGCCACAUUUCGUUUCGAAUCCUCUUCUUUGCAAAAGAGCAGUGAAUAGGUUGUCCGGAUUUACAAAGCCUGCAACUUCACACCUACCAACAAUCUAUGCCUUGUCUACGCCAGCAAACCAGACCUCUGCAAUAGCGAUUAUAAGGGUGUCGGGCACACAUUCCAGGUAUAUUUACAACCGAUUGACCAAUUCAAGUGUAAGUCCACCCAUAAGGAAAGCUAUUCUGAGAAACAUAUAUUUACCAUCUUCUGUAGGUUCAAAACAACAUCGUCAUCAUGAUCAAUAUGGGGCGAAAAUAUUACUAGAUUCGUCGUUAUUGUUGUAUUUUCAAGCACCGUACUCGUUUACUGGUGAAGACGUACUAGAAUUGCAUGUACAUGGUGGGAAGGCUGUAGUUAAUGGUAUAUUAAAGGCCAUCGAUUCGCUACACGACAGAAACAGUGGCAAAGACAUAAGAUUUGCCCUACCUGGCGAUUUCUCUAGGAGAGCUUUUCAAAACGGGAAGUUUGACCUCACUCAAUUGGAAGGUAUCAAAGACCUCAUCGAUUCUGAAACAGAAUCUCAAAGAAGGUCUGCUUUAUCAAGUUUUAAUGGAGAAAAUAGGGUACUGUUUGAGAACUGGAGAAACAGCAUUAUAGCGAAUAUGGCUCAAUUGACUGCAAUUAUUGAUUUUGCUGAUGAUAAUAGCCAAGAAAUUGACAAUACGGAUAUGAUAUUCCAUGGAGUGGAAAACAAUAUCAAACGUUUACGGGAUGAAAUUUUCUCUUUCAUUCAAAAGGUCGAAAAAUCUUCAAUCUUGCAAGACGGGAUCAGACUAGUAUUACUCGGGGCCCCUAAUGUUGGUAAGUCAUCUUUAGUGAACAGCUUAACUAACGACGAUAUAUCGAUUGUUAGUGAUAUUCCUGGUACUACUAGAGAUUCUAUCGAUGCGAUGAUCACUAUUAAUGGAUACAAGGUCAUUAUCUGUGAUACUGCUGGGAUAAGGGCCAAAAGUGCCGACAAAAUCGAGAUACUGGGCAUUGAGAGAGCCAGGAAGAAAAGUAUACAGAGCGAUUUGUGUUUAUUUAUUGUAGAUGCCACCGACUUUCCAAACCUUUUGCCGGAAGAUAUACUGAACCAUUUAUCGUCACAUGAGUUCGAAGGCAAACGAGUCGUUAUCGUGGUCAACAAGAGCGAUCUAGUUUCAAAAGAAGAAAUGGUGAGAGCUGUGAAUAAAUUGGAAAAUAGGUUCGGCGUAAGUUAUCCAAUAGUGAGCGUAUCUUGCAAGACUAAGGGGGGCAUAGAAUUGCUUAUUGAUAUUUUAACAAGAAACUUCAAACACCUGUCUCAAUCGAGUGCCGAUUCGAGUCCGAUUGUUGUUUCCAAAAGAGUUACUGAGAUCCUGAAAAACGACGUGUUUUAUGGUUUGGAGGAGUUCUUGAACUCUAAAGACUUUGACAAUGAUAUCGUCAUGGCCACAGAAAAUCUAAGAUACGCAUCUGACGGAAUAGCUAAGAUAACGGGGCAGGCUAUUGGAAUUGAGGAUAUUUUGGAUUCAGUGUUCAGUAAAUUUUGUAUAGGAAAAUAG